AUGCACCGUGUAGUGAUCACGGGGAUAGGGGCUAUUACUCCGUACGGUACAGGUGUGCAGCUGUUCCAAAAAAUGUUGCUGGAAGGACGUUCAGCACUGAAGUUCUCGGAUCAAGUUUUAUUUAAGGUUGGAGCGAUUCCAGAAGACGCUGUUGAUUAUAGUCGGUGGAGCCCCGGUCAACAACGUGAAAUGAGCAAGGCCAGCCAGCUGGCGCUUUUGGCCGCUGAAGAGUCCCUUGACCAUCACGACACUUUCGUUAACAUUGGUACCGGCGUUGCCGAUUUGCUCGAGAUUGCUAAAACAUCGACAUUGGUACAUAGUGGACAGUCAAGGAAAGUCUCACCUUAUUUCGUCCCACGAAUCUUGACAAACUUACCCGCGGGAUACGUUGCCAUGAAGUAUCAUAUGAUGGGCGGUGCCGAAAGUGCUUCAACUGCUUGUGCCACUGGUCUUCAUUGUAUCGGAAAUGCAUUCAACGCUGUUAGACAAGGCUGGGCACGACGUGCCAUUGCUGGUGCGACAGAGAGCUGUGUGAAUCUGAUAGCAUUGACUGGGUUCGAUAGAAUGCGAGCUCUCUCACGUGGUAAAGAGCCAUCUUGUAGUCGUCCGUUCGACAAGAAACGCGACGGUUUUGUGCUCAGUGAGGGAGUUGGUCUGGUAUUACUGGAGCGACUGCAGGAUGCUGUGGAUAGAAAUGCUCCUAUUUUGGCGGAAGUUAUGGGAUACGGCAUCUCGUCGGACUGCUACCACAUCUCCAGUCCAGAUCCGUCAGGCAUAGGAGCACGAUUGUCAAUGCAGCGAGCUAUUCACGAUGCAAAUCUAUCCCCUGAUGAUAUUACCUAUGUGAAUGCUCACGCAACGUCAACACCGACCGGAGACACAGUUGAGGCACAUGCUAUUCGCGAAAUAUUCAGAAAACGAAAAGUCUUCGUGUCAUCUAUUAAGGGUCACAUCGGUCAUCUUUUGGCGGCAGCCGGGGCUGUGGAGACAAUCGCGACAGUGGAAGCGAUCCGCAGCGCGACGCUGCCGGCGAAUCUGAAUCUUGAGGAAUCCGACGACGACGAUGGCGUUAUACUUCUUCGUCAGAUCACUGAAUGGCCGCGUCCGCGAACGGCCAUUGUAAAUUCGUUUGGUUUUGGUGGAACAAAUGCAAGUAUUGUGAUAGCUGAGUGUCAACCAUGA